AUGAGUGAGGUGAUAGAAAUGUUCAAGGUAUAUUCAAGAAAGAAGGAUGAAGAACAGGAUACUCUGUAUGGACACUUAUACGUACUAUGCGAUAAUAAUAAUAUAGUGGGUUCAUAUGAAUUAUAUGAGGGGUGUGUAGAUGAAGAGUUCUGCAAAGUUCUAAUAAGGAACUGGAAUAUUGCAACAAAGAAAAAUAUUGAUUGCGCAGGAAAAUGUGGGAAGGAUGGUAAAUGGAAGGAAAUUCAGCCUGAUGCAAAAUGUAAAAUUUUCAACUUAUGGUUAGCAUAUUAUGGGAUGAAUGUAAAUUCAGUAUUAUUAGAGAGCCUCUAUAUAAAUGAAGCAAUGAAAUCCUUUUGGGAAAGUUCCUUUACGGAUGGUGAUAAAGAGUGUAAUUGGGAGAGCGCAAAGAAAGUAUUAAGUGCGAAAAAUAUGGAAGAAGUUAGGGAAGUGUUUAGACAUAUACAAAAUGAAGGAGGGGAGGGGGAAAUGAGGAAGAUAAGUCAAAGGAGAAAAGAGGAUCAAUUUCUGGGGAAAUGUAAAUUGAAUGAAGGGGGAAAGAAGGAAAGUAUGGGUACAUAUGGGAACGAAAUUAUUCAGCAGAUAAAUGAAGAAAAAGAAUUCAUAGAUUCUAAGAAGAAAGAAUUAGAUCAAAUUAAGCAAAAAGAGGAACAGCAGCAGCUGAUGGCAGCACCACCCCCUCAAGCAGGUGGUGCUGCCAAUGCCUGUAGUAGUGAAUUCAAGACACACUUAAAUGCAGUAGCAGAUAAAUGGUUUCAACUCAGGGGUAAGAAUAAAAAAAAUACGGGGCACAUGAGUGACUUUUGGAAUGACGUCGACACGGAUGGGAAGAAUCUUCUGGAAAAAAUACUUAAGGAAAACCAGGAAGCUGACCAGUACUGUAAUGGGAAUGAUGAUAGGCAAAGUGGUCCCCUGAAUGAAAAGGAAAGGGCAGCAUGUAAGCUCGUUGCUGGGGGGUUACACCAUAUAUACAGUAUUCAGCUGAAGUAUCAACAAGGGAAGCAGGACAACCCCGUAGAGAACCAGAAAUUUCAGCAACUGGUAGCAUGUAUGAUGCUAAAUGUACUUGUGAAAAAAUUGGAAGAGGAGGAAAAAUCUUCCUGUUCAGUGAAGGAAGGCAUAAAACAUGCCUUCAGUAAAAGUGAACAAAUUAAGGGAGACACUAACUGCAAGGAUUACAAAAAUAAUGAGUGUGAUUUGUGUAAAGAAGAAGACUACUCAGAAUGUACUAUAGAAGGAACGAAAGUAAAGACAAAAUUGGAUGCGAUCCUCGAACAGAAGAAUGACAAAAUACAACAAGCUCUAAGUACUAUAAAUACCUUAUGUCAUCGUGUACAAUGUGCUACGACGAAGUGGUUCGGGAACAGAACACACAACAAGGACCAGGCAGGCUGGGUAAGUUUUAUUGAUUUACGCAUUAGACAGAAGCAUGGCAAUGAUUAA